AUGAAUUAUUUAUCGAAGAAGAAGAAAAAGAAGAAAGAUAAGAAAAAGAAGGAUAAGAAGAAAAAGAAGGAUUCUUCUUCUUCUGACUCCUCCAGUGAUUCUUCUAGUGAUGACGAUAAGAAGAAAAAGAAGAAGGAUAAGAAGAAGAAGAAAAAGAAAGACAAGAAAAAGGACUCAGAUUCUUCUAGCAGUGAUGAUGACAAGAAGAAAAAGAAGAAAGACAAGAAGAACGAGAAGGAUAAGAAGAAGAAAAAGAAAGACAAGAAAAAGGACUCAGAUUCAUCUAGCACUGAUGAUGACAAGAAGAAGAAAAAGAAGAAGAAAGACAAGAAGAAGAAAAAGGACAACAAAAAGAAGGACUCCAGAAGUUCUAGUGGCAGUGACAAGAAAAAUAAAAAGAGUUCGGGCUCAUCAGGAAGUGAAACUGACAAGAAGAAAAAGAUUGAAAGCCCUGAUGGUGAGCAAAGUGGCCUGCCAAAAAUGGAAGUUUCAAGCUCAGUUGGUGGCGGCAUUUCAGCUCCCGGUGACAGCUGCUCUAAGUCUGGCGGUUCUUCUACUUCUGUCUCAUUCGUGUCACUGCCGUCCAAACCCAUGGUGAAGCUGGAUCCUCUGAUUCCUUCAGCUUUCUCCAAGCCCUCUGUCUCUGGGUCUUUACUGAGUGUGGGGGGAGAUAGGGCUCCCAUUCGCAGACCUCCCAGCCCCAUGGAGUCUCUGAUGGCGAGCACAAGGAGGUAUGGAGACGGAGCGACCCGUUCCACCUCCCACCUCACCUCUAGUGACGUAUUGAGAGGCGCCAAGCCUCACUAAUAAUGAUAUGUCAUAUAUCAAUAUAGAUGUUGUGUACUUCUUAAAAAAGUAUGGCUUACACGACACUGAAGGCUGUGUGAUGUGAUAUGCUCUAAUGAUGUUCUUAUCACCCUGAUUUUAUGCACAAAUAUUAUGAUGAGAGGUUACUAUAUAAAGAUGCAUUGUGAUAUAAUAAAACAUUUUAAGUUGAGGAAGCAAAUGAUACCAUGAUAAAUCACUAUAUAUAUAUAGAUAUAUAUAUAGGCUAUAUAUAUAUAGCCUAUACAUAUAUAUAUAUAGGCUAUACUUUUUAAUUGGUAAGAAAAUGCACAUUAUUGGUAGAAAUAUCAAUUCACAAUCACAUGAAAUAAUUCAAAAUCCUUGCUUUGCUGAAUAAAACACAGUGAUUUUA